AGAAAAGAAGAGGACAGACCAACCAAACCAUCCCGCAUCCACAAUCCACGGUCAUUCCGAUCUCCCCGGCUCCCGGUUUCUCCGCGAACCCCCACUUCCUGACCAAGAUGGCGGCGCCGGCCAACUCCACCACCUUCUCCGGCGACGUGUGGGCGGAACUCCGCCUGGCGGACGCCCGCGACGUGCCGCAUAUCCACAGCCUCAUCCACCAGAUGGCCGAGUUCGAGCUCCUCACCGACCUCUUCGCCGCCACCGAGGAGCUCCUCACCUCCACGCUCUUCCCCUCGCCGACGCCGCCUCCCUUCACCUCCUUCACGGCCCUCAUCCUCGACCUCUCUCCGUCCCCCGUGGUCCCGGACUCGUCUUCCACCAUCGCCUCCCGCCGCUUCGACCUCUCCGCGUCCCCGCUCGCGGACCCGGAGGCCGCCGCCUUCGCCUCGCCGCGCGGCGGCGGUCGCGUCACGGCGGGGUUCGUGAUCUGCUUCCCCAACUACUCCACCUUCCUCUCCAAGCCGGGACUGUACGUGGAGGACAUCUUCGUGCGCGCCCCCUGGCGCCGCCGCGGGCUCGGCCGGAUGAUGCUCUCCGCCGUCGCCGGCAGGGCGGCGGAGAUCGGGAUGGGGCGGGUGGAGUGGUGCGUCCUAGACUGGAACAAGAACGCCAUCGACUUCUACGAGGGGAUGGGCGCCGAUGUGCUCCCGCAGUGGCGCAUCUGCCGGCUCACCGGCGCGGCGCUAGACAAGUACAAGGGCAACCAGGAGGAGGCCGCCGAUGGGAAAGCUGCCGCGUAGGAGGACCAGAAAAAAUUGUUCUUGAGCGCCAAUAAUAAAGGUGGUGGAUUUGCUUCCGCUGCUUAGCUCGCGCCUGGCAUCGUUUAGGUAUGGUUAGCGAUUCAGUGUAUUUGAUCACCUCAUUAGUGGCGAUGAAUUCAGGUUGUAUGCUGAGCAAUUGGGACUUGUUCUUGUGGUAAACCCUGGUGCAUUAUGCAAAAUUAUCUUUGGAUUAGAUGCCAGGAUGUCUUUAUCA